CGCAGGUGACGAAAGCACUCUUCGCGCUCUAUUCGGAGACAGCUGGGUCAACAGUGCGUGAGAAACGAGACUCUUUUGUCAACCGUCACGGCGAAGGAGUACGCGCCAAAGAUGUGAAGGAGUGCGUUUCAGUUUGAGAACGAAAGAAAGAGACCUGACUUCUAUUGAGUAGGAGAGUGAGGCCCUUCGUCGGGGGCGACUCCGGCGGUAACGCAUUCCAAGUAGACAGCAACAGAACGCUCCUCUGUUGUUCUUCGAAGCACAUCCGCUUUUUCUUCAUCGCUGGCUACCUAUGCCUGUCUCCAGUUCCACCAUUUCACUUGACGCGCAGUUUCCUGCUUCCGCGUUUAGCCAGUUGCUCCCUGGCGAGGAACGCCGCGAGCUGCGCUUCUUGGUCCGGUUUCACAAAGGGCAUUUCCGCUUUCUUGGUGACACUUUCCGUCGUUUUCUGCCUGUCAAAAAAGACACGCUGUUCCGACCCGCGUCCUCUAGGCACCCGUGCGAGCAGGCAACGGCAACAGAAGGACGUGUUAGAAUUCGGGCAUUUCUGGAUCCGCACGUACUGGUCCCUGAAGCCAUUUCCAUCGGAUGCUCGCGUCCUCCGCGUCAGAUCUCCGUACUUAACUGCCGUUGACUUCGAAUUUCACGCCGUGACAAUCGGCCGAAGUGAGCCGAAUCGACAUAACGCGCUGGCAUUUUUCCUUUCUGACCGUGAUUCUUCUUCACGGGUAGUUCUUCGCCCCUCUGUGGAAGAGGUGCGCAAGUAGCCGAGUCGAACAUGCCCUCUUCCUAGAGUUUUACUCGGGUUUGUGUCGUGGAAAAACGCGGCAACAUUCAAGACGGGCCAGCCAGACCCGGACAGUUUCCGCCGCAUAGAACCUAGGAACGCGGUCUCUGUGGUAAAAUAAAAAUCGGAUACUAACGCGAAUCCCACGUCUUCCCUUUUUCUCGUUUUGCAAGGCCCCUUUUGUCCACACUUUCGAGAACGGCGCUUGCAGAACACAGUGCCCGCCCCUUCGUUGAACUUGGCCGUUCUGUGUGUCGGCCCAUUCCGGUGUCGGUACACAUGGGAAAACGCAAUCCACACAAAUUUCUGCGUCAACCGCUUCGACACAAGAGUCGUUGUACUUUUUCUGUAUCUUUCGACCGGAAGAGAAAAUUGUUUCCCGUUUCGUCUCCGUUUUAUAUGCGUUCGUGUACCCCAGCCGGCCUGUCUCUUCAUCGACCGACUCAUUUUUGUCGUCCGGCCUCUCAGUGAUUGAAACCCAGCCUUGCGCCCUUCACACUGCGUUCGCCAGUGGAUCGAAGGUGCACACCGCCCGCAUCGCUUUUCUCGUGGUCGUACUUUUUCCAGACAGAAUGGAGAACUCCGCCCGCGUGUCUUUCUCAUGGAGCCGCGCGGCCCGUCCCUGCCUCCACUGCUUAGGCAGCCUUUUUCUUGUUCUCUGCUUCACCCAGGCGACUCUCGGGAGUCCCGCGAUGCGUACCGUCGGUUCAGGCAAAGAGGACUCUGCGGCGGAAGAAGGGUUCUGCGCAAAUGGUCUCAGAUCGGCGAUCAACGCAGCAAUCGUCGAACUUGCAGGCGACCACUACGUGGGCAACACGUUGCUUCCUCAGUUUCCCGACGUUCCGUACGUUCCGAUUCUCGUCUGUCCCGCGCCGGCAUCGGGGGACAUGCUGCCUGCGAUUGUCAAUCCGCCACACCCGACGACGACUAUCGUCAACGACCAGGGCGCCCCAAUCGCGGAUGCCGUGCAGACGCCUGCACGUCCGACUGGGGAGGAUCUGGAGCGCGACCGUCUGUCCUUGUGGCCGGACUUGGACUCUCUCCACGAAUCCGAUCUCCUCUUCGACGUGCUUAAAACAGGCGUCCUCCGCGUCGCUGGGUUAGGCCCUCGCGGCGCCGACCUCCGCAGCGUCCCCGAGUUCCGCGGCCUCGUCGCAGACAGCGAACUCGCGGGCGCACAGACUGAACACGGCUUCAACUGGGGACAAGAGGGAAACUACUCCGUCGAUCCUCCCAUUGGUUACUUCCCAACUUACCUGCGAGCGAUUGCAGAAAAACUUAGCUCGCGGUACAAGAAGCCUGUGCGACCGGAGUAUUUGUUUUUCUCCCGUGGCGACGACGCGAUGAACAGCGUAUCGCGUGGCAUUGCCCACAUGACCGACAUCUACUUCAUUCUGGCUUACCAGCAGGGCAGCACGAGUCACGUCAACAACUUCUACCGCACCUGUCCUGUCUCAGGGUCGCCUAACAACCUCCUCACUCUGAAGGAGUACAAGAUUCGUUCCCUCCAGGAUCUUGUGAGAACUCUGAGGAUGGCUUCCGACCCUGCGAUGCGCACUCUCGCCUACCUCAGCACCGGGAACUACGAAACAGUCCACUUCUUCUUCCCGAGACAGACGCUUGGUGAAAUCAUGUCGAAGGAGGAAGCGGAGAGUCGCAUUGCGUCGAAGGAAAUUCUGGGCAACAUUCGAACGGGUUCUGCGGGUCAGAUUCCCGACACUUUCGAGAUGGUUGACCUCGGCCUCGUCCUCGCUCAAGGACCGUGGCUGAAGCGGACAGAUACCACGCACUGUCUGUACCACCAACUUGUUCUCCGGCAGGCAGCAAAGAAUGCAUACACGUCCUUGGAUGAAGCUGAUGCUGAGACGAAGAGUGUGCAGGCUUCGCGGGCUUCGGGCUUGGUUGCUCACGCUUGCGUGAUUUUCGCAACUUCUCUGUUUGCGUCCCUCGCCCUCGUCUAGACCCCGCACCGACGGCACUCUUUAGAAGAGUCUUUGCAGUACCGGCCCAUCGGUAGUAGAUGAGAGGGAAGUCUCCGUUAAUACCCGGCGUACAAGACAGUACCCAGUUACUUGCCAGUUAGGCGAACAGGCGUCCGAUAUGUGCGUACAUUCCGAACAGAUCAAAGGGCGGAAACUCGAGAGCACUUUCAUGGUUUGACAGCGGCACCAUGAACGAGAUACACAGGGAGUGCCCCUGCGAAUGCGUCUGUGGCGUUUGCCUCUGUGGUGACUUGUGGCGGGCCUCAGUGCGUCGGAGGCGACAGACCAGUGUAGCUGCGUCCUGCACCGAGGUAUGGACGGUUUCAUGGUAUUACAACAAUGCACGCUCAAGGGUGUAAAGCGUGUUCACGCACCGUUUUCUGGGUACCGGCAACAUGUUGUUUUCAUAUAUGACGUAAGUGUACCGAAUAACUUGGCAAUGGAGAAGCGUGCAUGCAACGAUGACUGCGUUUCAGAGACAGAGAGGGGCGUCAAGGACUCCCGCAUGAAAAACCACGGGGUUUGGAUAGCGUUCCCUUUCGCAGCUUUUCACAGGCUUCUGUGUGAUUGGAAGCCAUUAAGGUGUUCAAGAAAUCCUGUUCCCGUGGCACUGCUCCUUUUCGAUCUUCGCUGGUGGACCCGAGUCGGCCGUCUUCUGGGGACAAGACGUUUUCUCAGACCCAGAAAGUUGCAGAUAUUGCAUGUGUCAGGGACCGCAGCCUGAGACGUGGCCGAGUUUGAGGCGGGUUCAGUGCCCGACUGCGGGCUUUCCCCGUGAAAACAGAGUGUGAGAGAAUGGAAUGAUAAAGGAAGUGACCGUCUUUGCCGCUUUGUUCGAAUUUGCUCGCUCGCUUCGAUGCGUUUGGCGGCGAGUCGGGGACAUGGAAGACCUAGAAAAGCGGGAGCGAGACGAACGUAUCCUGUAGGAAAUGUGCAAGUUUCGCGAGUGGCGACGUGUCUGCUGCAUUUGUGCGCGACAAGAGGCAGGAAACGACCCCUUCUGAGCAGCCCCAGAAAAUUUCUGGCCCCUGAACGUCCUCCAAAACUCCAUCGUUGUUUCUGCACUCCACAUAAAGUAUCGAGAGAAAACGACUACCAGUGUUAUCAGGACGAUCGUCGUGCGCGUCGUUGCUUUUGAGACCGGAUAUUUGGUCCGUUCGCCCACACCUCUUGUACGAGCCCCAGUCAAUUCCUUUGAGUCCUUUGAGAUUUGUAGGCUUUUUCUGCGAAUUAUGUACUACGAAAUUUUCCGUUUGGACCCUGUUGCACAAACUGUCUUUCUCGUGGAUACUCCGCGACGACCUAGAGAAAUCGCGUUUUUACACAAACGCUAUUGUAGACACGUCGUUGGGCUUUCGUGGUCUGACUGCGUGUCUGCCCGUGCUCUUCGCAACGAGCGGUUAGGCAAAGCCUCUGGAAUUCGCUUCUGCUUAUGCGAUUGGACUUCCAUCCAGUGAGCAAAGGCUGCCACGAUCGGUUUCAGAGUUU